AUGCAGUCUACCGUGUACAAAAUUUUGGCCAGCAUUUUGGUUACAACCAGACUAUCUGCUGUGGACAGAGUUCCUAAAAAAUACAUAAAUCGUUAUGUACAAAUCUGUGGCUUCAAUGAUCCUCAUCGCCAGAGAGCCUACUUCACCAGCAGGCUCUUGCAACAGAAUGAAGGCAAGCCGGGCAAGGUGGCUGAGACGCUCAUAGAGAUGCUUUACCUAAAUCUACAGCGGGAGAGUCAGUUAGCAACUGCCUGCUUCUUACCAUCUUACUGCUGGCUCACAUGUGCCACUCUUCAUUUAUUGCAUUUUACUGAUACAAAGUCACCAAUUCGAACCCUCACUGGCAUCUACACCAGCUUCAUGAGGCUCAACUUUGGAGGAGAAGUGAUAACUGUGGAUGGAAACGUCUCAUCACAAGAGCAACAGAACUCAUUAAUGCUCUAUGUGGUCCGUACUGUUGGUAAACUAGCUUUUGAUGGCAUCACCAACAAGCGGACGUCGUUCUCCGCUGAAGAACUGGAGCAGUGGGUUGGCGGCAAGACUAAAACGGACGAAGAGCUCCAGCAACUGGCUGUGUUUCGCACAGAUGUGCUUGACUUCUUUCUGGUUCCUCGCAAUGAUCAUGUUACAGAUCCCGAAUCUGGUGGUAGGCGCUACGUGUUUGCUGUUCCCGCCAUGCAGGAAUAUCUAGCCGCUCUUUAUGUUGUUCUUGGCGAGAACAAAAGCGUCCUGGAGAAGCUGACGAAGGAGGUUUCGGAGGCUUUGGGACAAGCCAGUGAAGACAUCACAAGCCUCCUGAGCAUCCUCUCUAAAGUCAUACCUUUCCGAAUCUUUGCCGUUUUCAACUUGCUUAAGUUGUUCCCGAAACUCUUUGAGCGAGUCAGCAGCCACAGCAAAGGGCGUAUUGCAAGCACCAUGGCGGCGGAAAUGUUUCGUUCGGAGGACAGCUUCAAUGAAGAUGUUUUGGACCAGGUGGAACAAAGUCUGCUGGGAGUGCAUGGUCCACAGCCACAGGAGGAAACCUACACAAGAGCAUUUGAGCUCUACCCUAUCUUCAUGGGUGGACUUCUUCAUUACGGGAACCGGAGGCUGUUAGACCAGCUCGGAUGCAGCAUCAAGAGUCACACGGUUUCUCAGAUCACCCGUGCGCUGAGGAAACACCUGAUCAAGGAGAGCCAGAAGAAGCAGCCUCCUGAGGAGCUCAUGGACCUUCUGGUCCUGCUGUAUGAGUUCCAGAACCCUCGACUCACAGCUGAAGUCCUGCAGUCCAUCAAGACCAUCAACUUGUCGACUGUACGCAUGACGCCACACAAGUGCUUCGUGCUGAGCACGGUUCUGAGCUGCACGAGCUCAAGCUUCCACCUGAACGAGCUCAACCUCUCCUCCUGCCACAUCACUCCAGAGUUAAUGCAGAUGCUUUGGCCAGCCUUCCAUCACACUAGCAACCUCAAGUUGUGUGACAACUACUUGACGGACACGGGCAUCAGCCAUCUACUGGAAGCUCUGUCUGGUAACCACUCUCUGCAACGGCUGUGUCUGAUGCAUACUGGCCUAGGGGACCAAUCGGCACAAAUGCUGGCUGAGAGACUGGGCCAGCAUGAUAUGUUACAGGAGCUGAAUGUGGCCUACAACAACAUCGGAGACAGUGCAGCUCUCACGAUGGUCGAUGCCUGUCGUGAACAUCCCAGCAUCCACACAGUACAUCUGUACCUGAACCAGCUUACCGAUGUGGGCAAACAGUCGCUGUAUGUGCGUGGAGGUCCUCGGGUCAAGCAGGGCCGGCGGGUGAAGGUCCUGGCUUCUGUAACGGAGGGUUCGGACAUCUCAGAGGACUGGCAUCCCAUUCUGAGCGUUAUUGGAAAAAAUUCUCUUUCCUGGGACAGAGACCGUGUACGCGAGCAACUGCUGGUCUUCCUGAAAGACCUGGAAUGGGGUCGCAAACAGCACCAGAGUUUCUGGAAAAAGAUGCACUUCCGACGAGUGGAGAGCGUUGUGAGGCAAAUGCUGAGCUUACUGGAGAAGAGCAGUAAUACGGGAACAGGGACCGGUACAAAAUGAUGUAACUAUCAUAGAAGUUAAAGGGAUGGGUGUUUGAUUUCUGAGAGGGAUAUUUGUUGCCAUAUUUCAAUCUAGUCAGCCUUAAUAUUUCCCAGUUAGAUUUUAAAAGGUUGUCCAUCUACUAACAUAUCCAUAUAUCCAUCCAUCUUUAGCAUUAAGACAUUUUGUGAAAACACUGUGACAAAUUAGUUUUAUUUGAUUGUUUGAGCCUGGGAAAGAUCAAUAUCUGCUACUCCGUAAUACUUCGGAUUACUACUUGAAAACUGCUCCUUGUUGCAUGAUGACAAAUUUUUGACAAAUUAGAAGCUAUUUCCUAUGCAUAUGUAUUCAGGGAGAAUUCAGGGUUCUUUGUUAUCAUAAAACAAUGUGUCACUCCUUUUUGAUUGUUUAAUCUUUUUAAACAACAUUUGAGUGUCAAAUGGUGCUCUAGACAAGGUUAACAAAGUAAGGUAACCAAGACAAGGCUUUAGGAGCUUCCGCAUUAUUAACAUUUAUUUUGCCUUAAUCUGUGGUUGAAAAAAUGUUUAACAAAUUGAGACUGAAAUUUGGUGUGCAAUAACAACAAAAUAAAAAAGUGCAGAUGAAAGGUGGCUACUUGUCAUACCCUAUUGCUUUAACUUUUGCUAAAUAAGAUGAUGGUACGGCUCGGACAGUCUUAUUUUAGUGCAGUUUGUUGUCAGUUGUCUUAAUUACAGCUGGUUAUGUAAUACCCCCUUUCGGAUCUGAUGAUGGCUGAGGUGUUGUCUCAUAAACCUGAGAUUAAAUAUUAAUCUCCUGUGUGUUAUUGUGGAGGAACAAGGAGGAGCUAUACUGAGUAAAACAUUUUAAUGCUUCAUUUAAAUGUGUACCUUGCACCCUCGUAAAACCCAGGGCUCAGCCAGCAGUGGU